GUACUCCUUAACUCUUUACCCAAAGAAAAAUAAGACACAAUAACGCACACAAAAACCAUUCACCAGUCAGUCGGUCACACCCACGACCCGAGGCCACGAUCUAUGCGGUUCAUCUCUAUCUCCCCAGAAAUUUCUCCAGAACGCAAAACUACACUUUUCAUUCCCAAUUCGAACCCUCAAUCAAAAAUUUAGGGUUCCCUUCAAUCCAAAAUAGCCGAGUUCCCUUCAAUCCAGAAUUUGUCGAUUUCAUUUGCAGUUUUGCGGUUCUUCUUCUUAUUGGGGAUGCAGUCUAAGAGGAUUUUGAUGGAGCUCAAGGAGAAAGAUCCUCCUACUUUUCGAACUGAUGUCACAUUCAAACCUUAAUUACAAGCUGAUCUGAUUAAUCCUCUGGAGAGAAUAAUUCUGAUAGAUGAUGUUGUUCCAAUUCUAUAUUCUGGCAGUGAGUGGGAUAAGGAAGUUAAACAGCUAGGUGAGACACUCUUGGGCUAUUCUCUCAAGGAUUGGGAGUAGAGGCUAAUAAGUUGAAAGAGAUGUCAUGUUCAGGAGGCAGAGUUAUGGCUGGCCACUAUUAUCCAUGUUGUCCCGAGCCCAAGAAGACAGUUGGGAAGUAGGGAUCGCGUCCCAUAUCGAUCCUGGCAUUCUCACACUGUUACUGCAGGAUCAAGUUGGUGUGUUGCAAGUUAAACAUGAGGGGAAAUGGGUUAAUGUCAAGCCAAUCCAAGGUGCACUUGUUAUCAAUGUUGGCGACUUGCUUCAGCUCCUCUCGAAUGAUAAGUACACGAGUGUAGAACACCGAGCGUAUGCUAAUCCUUGGCAUGAACCACGGGUCUCAGUUGUUGUGUUCUUCAACCCUAGCAUGAUGGAGAACUUGUAUGGACCGAUACCAGAGAUAGUAUCACCUGAAGAGCCUGCACAACCUUCAAAUUACUCUAAUGAGCAGUUAGAGCGUGAGCUCUUUCUUGCUUCCUCGGUGCAAGAUUUCAACCAAGCUUUUGUAGCACCUAGCUCUCGCGUCUUUGGAAGAGGUGAACUUGUAUUAGAUAGGAAGGAGAUUGCUAGGAGGUAUAUCAGAUCAGGUUUCUUCAUUGAUCUCAUUGCAGCUUUACCUCUUCCUCAGAUUGUGAUAUGGUUUAUAAUUCCAGCAAUUAAGCUGUCUAAAUCAAGAAUUGAAGCACCUAUAAUGCACUCCAAUUGAUUGUUUUCUUCCAAUAUAUUCCACGGUCUUAUCUGAUAUUCCCUUUGAGUGUUGAGAUGAUAAAGUCUGUUGGUGUUGUCACGAAAACAACCUCGGCAGGAGCUGCUUAUAAUCUCAUGUUCUACCAAGUGGAUACAGAUACAAUGUCCUUGGCAAAAGAAUGUCAUGGAUCAUGAGAUACAUGAAAGAGAUCAUCGACCAUAAGCAAACUCGAAUAUUUGAAGAUUACUUUCAUGAUUGCAAUAUUCCGAAUUACGAUCAAGGACAAAUUGAUGAAGUCAGAGCUCAAUGGACGCGUCAUGUUCUUCUCGUGUGAAUAUUGUGAUGUAUUAAUUAUGUUUUUCGACUAGAAUUUCUCUAGAACGUUUUAAUUUUAUUUUAUUGGUUUGAAAUUAAAAGAAGUACUAUAUGACAAAGAUACUUCUUUCUGUUUUCUAGUGUGUUUUUAUUCUACAUGUAUUUAGGCAUAUAUGAUUUUAAGUUAUGCACGAGACAUUGAGACGUUUAUUUGAUAUGAUAGAAAUGAAGUUGGAUCUUAUAUA